AUGGCAUUCGAGGAAGUUGCGAUUAUUGGUGCCGGUCUCUGUGGCUUGACUCUGGCCAUCGCUCUGCAACGCAGCGGAGCAAUUAUGCUGUCUCCAAACGGACUGCGAUCUCUCGAUCACAUAGGCGUAUAUGAUCGAAUCGAGGACAACAGCUACUCCUUCUCAUAUGGCUACUUCCGAUCUAAUGACCAUAUAGUUGUCGGCGAAUACGAAAUGGGAAAUGCCAAACGAUACGAAUACGAUGCGAUGCGGAUAUAUCGGAAAGUCCUACUCGAUGAAUUGCGACUAAUGGCGCAGGAAGCCGGCGUGCAAAUUCAGUAUGGAAAGAAGUUAGCCCGUAUCAUCAGCGAGGAUGAUUCUGGUGUACAAUUUGCUUGUGUCGAUGGCCAGGAACACCGAGCAGAUUUGUUGGUCGGUGCCGAUGGCAUACAUAGCACAGUUCGACGCCAUCUUUGUCCGGACGUGGAGACUGUGUUUUCCAACGUCUUAUCGAUAAUUACUGCAGUCCCGACAUCUGCAGUGAAGUUUCCUUUUGAGCCAUACGACUUGCCAUCAUCCAUCCAUCACGAAAGCGGUGCAUUCAUCUUGGCUCCUCAAGGUGCGCACGGCGAAGAAUUGCUGCUCGCCACCCAGCAGGUCACGCAUGAGAGAGAUAGAGCUGGAUGGGUUGCGCUUGUGAACGACAAGGAGCACUUGUACAGUUUGAUGAGACAGGAUUAUGGAAAGUGGAACUCCAGUGUCCAGAAUGCGCUCGAUGCAGUAGAUCCGGAGAAGAUAUUCGUGUGGCCUUUCUACUCAGUGCCAAAGCUCCCGAGUUGGAGGUCUGAAGCUGGGAAGGUCGUCAUGCUGGGAGAUGCUGAUCAUGCAAUCCCACCUGCUGCGGGCCAAGGUAUCAACAAAGGCUUCGAAGACGUCGAGUCCUUAGCUCUUCUGGUCGCCGCAGCGAGCGAGAAAAAUGUGCCCUGGGAUGAGUGCUUGAAAUGGUGGCAGCAAUACCGAGAGGGGCGUAUCGACCAUGUGACCUGGCUUACCAACGAGAUGAAUAGACGUCGCAUGCCUGGUUGGGAUGGCACCGACGUGGACCCCAUCGACAACAGCGAGCUGUUUGGUCAACGACGUGCAGAAGUGGCUGGAUAG